GCAAUGCUUGGUAGUUAAACCAGUUGCAUGAGAACAGUAGAAAAGUGUAUGUAUGCGUAUGUGUGUUGUGUGAAGAUCAGUUGCUGUGGUGGAGUGAAACAGCGCGGGCAAGAAGGGAACAAGGUUUGAUUGUGGUAUUACCAAACAGAGAGCUAAAAGAGUUGCACACUGAGUGUCCGCUCACCUCACCUGGUGUGGCAUGCUGCUGCUGUUUAAACGUUUAGCGCAGAGCGUUUUAGUUGCAAAGUGAAUGGCGAUUUGGUUACAUCAGCGCUUCGGCUUGUACGCGCUUAGACAUAGUGUCGUUGUGGCUUAGAAAAAAGUAGGGAAAACAAAAGCGAAAAGUCAUAAAUAAAACCAUCUUGUGUGUGUCUGUUUAUUUAUACAUAUAUAUACAUAUACAUAUAUAUACAGUGAAAAGUAUUAGCAAAUAAAUUUGGUUAAAUUACCAAUUGCAUAUACGGCGUGAUGCGCAAAUCACAGCCGCUGCUGUUGCGCGAUCACCAUGACGCCGCACGUUUGGCACUAAACGGUGGCGAGGGUGGCUCCGAAAGUUACUCUUCUGAAUCUUCAUUCAGCGACUCCUAUACGGAUAGCAGCGAUUUGGCCAACUGGGAGGAGUAUGUGGCUGAGGAUGGCACUCUUUUUUAUGCAGAGUAUUUGCCACAAGCGCGACGCGCGCUGCAUGAGAAACGUAUUGAAUUUGCGCGCAGUAGCUCGUUGCGCAUGGGUAAGAAGACAGCGCGCCGUCAACAACAGCAGCAGCAGCAGCAGCAACAAGAACUGAAGUUAACAAAUCAACGUUCACAACAGCAGCCACCGUCCGCCGCACAGCAGACCAAAUCGAAUGGCAGCAGUAGCGGUAGCGCUCGUCCCUCACCGUCAGCUGCUGCGCAGUCAACAGCAGCGCAUGAACACCGUUUCUCUCACAUUAACAAGUCACACGAAACACCAUGUUACAAGCAAUUGGAAUUGGUAAUUACGGCCGCAGAUCGUUUUCGCUUUGGACGCCGCUCUACCGCGGUGGAGUCGAUACUUGGCUUCCGUGUGGUGCCAUUCCCAGACCAACCGGAGUGUUUAAUGGUUGACAGCUUUGUGCAUGCCAUGCCUACAAUGCUGCAACAGCAGCAGCAGCAGCAGCAACAACAACAACAACAGCAACAACAGUCCACACAUUCAACCGUCACCGCAGAUACAGCGGAAAUCGAGCGUGGCGAUUGGUUCAAGUCGUUGGAUGACAUCGAAGUGCGCACUGGCAAUGUAGAUGAACUGCUACUCCAGUUCAUUGAACCCACCAAAGUGUGUCUCAAGUUUCAGGGCGUACCGCGACGCGUUGAAAGCGCUGAUGGCAUUGGGCAUGCGCAUGCUAAUGGCCAAGCAGGCGCCAUGGGUGGUGGUAGUGGCGCCUGCGAGCUGCAGAAGGUGGAGAAUUUCGAAAUGUUUGCGAAAAUAUUUGAAAAGUUACAAUUGCGCAUCAUGGCCACGGAUGCUGAUAAAAGCGGCAGCACAGUGAUUCAGUCGGAAGUUUUAGCGGAGUCAACAACGGACAGCGCACUACCCUUCGCGCUACUCAUAUUGCCACCGGAGUGUUAUCAAAGCGAUGAACAUAAAGAUUCGCUCUACUACUAUCCCGAAGAUGCGCAAGCGAAUUUUCUCUACAAAGCGCGUGGUAGUUUCCUCACUUUAAACGCUGUGCUUACCGAGGAGCUGCAAACGAAACCGCUCAUCUCACGUCUGCAAGUCAACGGCGUCACCUACUUUGUCUGCUAUCGCACACUAAACGGCCUGUUGGUGCUCUUCGCUUAUGCCGCCGCUUAUCAUACACAACCGGAGGCUGGUCUGCGCGCCGACGAGCUCAUCGGUUAUAUACGUUUCGCUUUUCCCACGCUCAACUUGGAGAACUUCACCAAUGGCAAUGCAACUUCGGCGGCGCUACGAAGUUUUCUACACAACUUCUGUGCAAUACAACGCGUGCGCAUAUUGCGCGCCCAACACAAGCAGCCGGUACUCUUCGAAGAACUGUUGAAGGAGUCGCGUCACAUGCCACUACCAAAGGAGGCGCAAUUGCGUAUUUUUGAUGCGUUGAGCGAAAUGGAGGCCAUGGACUAUCGCAAUUGGAAUGAUGAGCCGCUAAAUACGCACCGUGAGUUCUUCAUACACGGCAGCGUGUUGUAUUACGAUCACUACCUGCUCGCUUCGCAAAUGCCGUUGGAAGUGCGCGCUAGCGUUGAGCUCUUUUUGCGCUGUCGCGGUAUAUUCGAGUUCAUUAGCGAGCAAUGUGUGAAGGAGUUGUAUGUGUGGGAGGAAGUCGCUUUGCCCCAGGCCACAGGGCGUUACUUUUUGACAAUUUGUAGUCGCAAUCACUUGAUUUUGGCAGUGAUUUUGAAGAUUUUCGAUGCGCCCGACUUGUCUCCGAGCGACACUGUGCCACCUUCCCUAUUCUACAUCGAAGAAAUUCAAGAGACGCUCGAUCAUCUUAUACAAUGCGGCAUUGAAUCGUUAGCCAUAUUCUGGUCAAUCUCUAAUAAGCGUCCUGAAGUGUUGGACAAAGUUGAACAACCCGAUGAGGCUAGCGCCGAGAAGGAGACACGUAAAAUAGAGAAUUUCAUAAAACAAAAGUUUGCCGCUGCCGCCUCGGCAGCCACUGGUGGCACUUCGGCGCAGACCAAUCAACGCACGCUAGCCUUUGAUGAGGAAACGCAUCUCUGCUCGUCACUAGGCGGUUCAUCCAUACACAGUCUUACGGCCAGUGAAGAUGACUCGAGCCGCAAGCGUUUAACCAACACAGCGAAUCCAUCCUCUAGUGCUGCACCCAAUAACGAAGAUUCCGAUAGCGGCGGCUCUGAUUGGGAUAACUUCGGCGCAGAGAACCCCUUGCAUUAUGGCGGCGACUCUGAACUGCAAACGCAAAUGACCGAAUCGCUUUGGAAGGAAAUCAAUAAUGUUGUGCCGGUGAAAAUCUCCGCUGGUUGGAAGAACGCUGUCUUCUAUUACGUCUACGUAGAUAACACCAAUGGCUCGGUUUUCUGCCCGCUCAAAGCAAACUCCGAGUCAUUUCCAUUCCUUGCCGAAAUGCGCAAAGCUUGCCAUACAAUACGCGCCGUGCUGCAGAAUACAAAACAUUAUCGCCGUCUGUUGGCGCAAGAGAACAUUAAGCCCGCCGCUAGUAAAGGUAUGUUGGCCAUUAAAGAAUACGGCAUGACAAUACAAGUGCGUGAGGUCAGUGAUGCUGCCACCGCAGCUGGUGCCGCUGAGUCGGAGAGCGCUGUCAAGGGUCGUUUUGUUGUGGUUGGCCGUUUAUUUAAUUCACCCAUGAAGGAGGUCUACGUAUGCCACAAGCCUGAUGUGCCACAGAAUAUGGUAGAGAUGGCUUUUCGGCUAUCCUUCUUCUCAGUGGGUUGAUGCAAAUGGCAAGAAUGUUGCAAUAAAAAUUAUUUAUUUAAAUAUUUUCCUCUCCUUUAAGGAAGGCUAUUUUUAUUUAUUUAUUUUUAGUAAGUAAAUAUAUUUGUAAAAAUGUAUCUGUACUGAAUAAA